AUGGCAUCGACCAAAGACUCGCUCACAAGCAAGCCAACUUCCUCCCCAGGAACGGCAGUCCCGUACUUCUCAACCCGGGCAUUCGCACUGCACUCGAUACCGAUCUCCUAUGCGCUCUCCUUCCCACCACACAUCUACAUGUUCACGACAAUGAUGACCGCCUCAAAAUACACUGCCUCGAAUCUCGUGCCGCGCCCGAACCUCGAGAGACUGGCGUCUACCUUACCCAAGCCCACUCUGGACACACUGUGGAAGGCUCGCGGGUGCCAUCUCAAUGCAUUGGAGGGAUUUCCGCUCUUCGCAGCUGCUAUGGUAGCUGGGACGUAUACGAAGAUGGACACGAGAGAGCUCAAUUUCUGCGCGGCGGAAUAUCUCGCUGCGAGGGUUCUGUACAGCGUCCUCUAUGUGACCGUGCAGAGCGAGAAGACCAGUUAUUUGCGGAGUGCGGCGUAUUUCUGGAGUGUCGGUAUUCCCUUUUAUGUCCUGUGGAAGGUUGGUUGGAAGAUUGCGGAAGGGGUGGAGGAAGAUGGGAAAGGUUUGUAG